CGUUAACGGCGGCGGCAGAGGCGCCGCGCGAAGUGGCGGCGGCGCUGCUGAGGGCUGUAGCAGUGCAGACAGAGGACUCCUGGGGACAGUGUGACUGUGAAGAUGUCUAAGCCAGAGUCCCGGUAUUCUUUUGAUGUCCCAAACAUCUGCAUCGAUUUUGCAACUCUGAAUGAGGACGAUGUGCACAAUGCAGAUUCCUGGUUUGAUGAAAAAGCCAAUCUGGAGAAUGUCCCUCCUGCAGAAAACGUGGCAAAGCUCUCACACUGCAGCCCUGCUUUGUCAAAGCCUGAUGUUGUUCUGUCUUCUGUCCCUUCACAAGAAGUAGCGAAGAGUGAAAACGAUGGUGAAGCAGAAUGUGCCCAGGGCAACGCAAUCCCUCAGAAUAUCAUCGGGUCCCUGGCAACCUGGAGAGCUGCUGCCCCUGCAGAGGCCCCUCAGAGACCAGGCAGGAGACUGGCUCCAAAGCAGGGGAAGACCCAGCAACGCAAGCAGCCAGGCAGAAUCAAAGCAGAGAAAAUUGAUAAUGCCCUGGAAAAUAAGGAAGAUGUUCCACCCAUGAAGAAAAUGAGGCUCCUUAGAGUACCAGAGAAAGCUGGAUGGUCGAUACCUCGGCCUGGGGUGAGUUCUGGUAGCAGAGAGAAGGUGACAGAAAUGUCCACAAAGAAGGAGCCCCUGCAGGAUUCUGAGCUCUCUCCAGGGAGAGGGAAAAGCAAACAGACCAUGCCCUCCACGCCAACAAUGUUGAAGAGGACCAAACCUUCUAGCAAGACAAAGAGUACAGAGGAGCAGGAGCUGGAAAAGAUGCAGCAGUUGCAGCAGGAGGUUGUGGAGCUGCGGAAGAGGAACGAGGAGUCUCUGAAAGCAGCUAUUGCUGGAGCAGGACAACCCGUGAAGAAACCUGUUGGUCAAGUAACAAAGCCAAUUAAUUUUCACUUCUGCACGGAGACUAGAAUUAAACAGAAUGCAGAAAGCCAGGCUGGGAAUGAGUACAAGGAGCUGGAUUUUGCAGCAGUCCUGAGGAAGCAUCCCCCUUCUCCGAUGCGAAUGCCAAAGGGGCACACUGUCCCCAGACCUUUCAAUCUGUCCCAGGGAAACAAAAGAAAACAUGAAGAAGCCACAACAGAAUAUGUGUCCUUUGCUGAGCAGGUAGAAGCGUUCCAAAAACGCACACCCUCUCGUUACCAUUUGAGGAGCAGGAAAUCUGAGGAAGGCUCAGUUUCAAAAAAGCCAAUGAAGGCUGGGCCCACACACCCCAAAACACCAGUGCUGCGAACAAAGCAGCGCUCGAGACCUGUCACCUGCAAAACUGCUGCAGAGCUGGAAGAAGAGGAAAUAGAGAAAAUUCAGCAGUACAAAUUCAAAGCACGAGAAGUCAAUCACAAAAUCCUUGAGGGUAUGCCACUCCUGCCCAAGAAACCCCCUGUGAAGAAGCUCACCCAACCUAUUGGCUUUCAGCUGGAAAUAGAAAAAAGGAUUCAGGAGCGUGAGAGCAAGAAGCAGCAGGAGGAAGAGCGCUUUGAAUUCCAUUCCAGGCCAUGUCCCACAAAAAUCCUGGAGGAUGUUGUGGGUGUUCCAGAGAAGAAGGAACUUCCUCUUACAGUUGCUAAGUCUCCAGCCUUUACCUUGAGAAGCAGGACCCGUGUGUCUGGCAGAGAGGAGAAAAAGGAAAAAGAGGAGGUGGCUGUGAUCAAAGCUAAUCCUAUGCCACAUUAUGGAGUGCCCUUCAAACCCAAAAUGCCAGAGCAGAGGCACGUGGAAGUUUGCCCCUUCUCUUUCGAUGCCCGAGACAGAGAACGACAAAUACAAAAAGAGAAAAAAAUAGAAGAACUACAGAAGGAAGAGGUGCCAAAAUUCAAAGCGCAGCCUCUGCCUUACUUUGAUGAAGUUAAACUGCCAGAAAAGAAGGUCAAACCUGCAACUCAGCCUGAGCCAUUCCAUCUGCAGGUGGAUGAACGGGGAGCUGCCAAGCUCCAGAGCUGGAAACAGCAGCUUGAAGAAGACUUGAAAAGGCAGAAAGAGGCAGCGUGUUUUAAAGCUGGUCCCAACACAGUGGUGUACCAGGAGCCUUUUGUGCCCAAAAAGGAACAUAGGAUGCUACCAGAGAACCUUUCUGGUUCUGUAGUUCCUGAAAGCUUUGAGCUGGCAACAGAAAGAAGAGCAAGAGAACGGCAAGAAUUUGAAAAGCGAUUGGCAGAAGUAGAAGCCUUAAAGGAGAGUUAUGAGGAGCAGAUCAGGCAGGAACAAGAGGAGCUUGAAAAGGAAGAAGUUGCUAAGCUAAGACAAGAAAUGGUUCACAAGGCAAACCCAAUACGCAAAUACCGCAGCCUGGAAGUGAAGUCCAGUCAUCAACCACUGACUGUGCCAAAGUCUCCCAACUUCUCAGACAGAUUCCGAAUCUGAUGAGCAUCCACAUCCACGUGACAACUGCUGGGAGAUCCCAUCCCUCUCCACUCCCUUGGUAGGGAGAGAGGGAGCAAUUGUUUUUCCAUGACUGCUCAGUCUGAACUCCUAUGCUUGGUUUCAUUGUUGUACUGAGUAGUUAAACUCCACCUGAGCCCGUGGCAUUUCAGCAGUGCCUCCUGGCCUUGCUGUGUAUACAGACCCUAUCUUCUCUAGAGACUAAACCAAGUUUUGAUAUUGCAUACAGAGAUUUUAUACCUAACUAAAUAAAAAUUCCAAAU